AUGCCCUUUUCCAUCUUCAACUCCAACGCGAGCAACCUUUCAAUCCAGAGUGCCAUGAAAGCCUAUACUCACGCCAUGCAGGCCCAUAUUCUGUCCCAAAUCUCGUCUCUUGGUCUAAGCAAAAAUCACGAGAUCAGCGACAGGGACUCCGACGAUGUCCACACUAGCGGUGUGCUUUGCCAAGGCCCUGGUCCCCCCAACGCAGCUGAAACGGAAGAAGCCGCGAAGAUGGCAUAA